UCCACCCACACUGUAGUUACCAAUAUCACGCUGUCUUCAACCUUGAUUCUUGGGCCUGGUAACUCGGAGUAGUCAUAAUAGUGCAAAGACAAGUGUUCAGAGGAGCCCGACAUGCUUGUGAAUGCUGCAAGUACAGGGGAAUAAACAUUCCAGUGUCAAGCGUUGGCCCACAUAGGGUGAUAUGGAGUACGAAAGGCGGGGUGGCCGAGGGGACCGCAUUGGUCGCUAUGGCAACAGCCUUGCUGAACAUGACUUCAGAGACAUGGACUACAGAGGGUAUGGACAGGAUGAGGCAGAGGCAGAGCCUGGUUAUAAGGACCGUUCUGAGGACGAGCGGCAGUGUGGCCGUGAUGACAGCAUCGCCGGAUCAGAAGAUUUCUCCCCCACUCAGUUCGCGGACGGUCGAUCGGGCUUUCAGCACAGGGGGAUGCGGGGCACCAACCCAAGCAGAUCAGGAAAGACUUUCCCCCGGGGUUCCCACUCCCAAGCCCAACCCCAGCAAGCUCAGCAGCAGAGAUUCCGACUGGAUGAUCGGGACUUUGGGUUUGAGUUGGAGUCCAAGGGGCCCAGAAGGGAUCACACAUCCUUCAGAGGGCAGAAAAACUUUCCAGAGAAUCAGGCCCAUCACCCUGGAGACAGCCACGAAAUGAAGGGCUGGGGUGCCAGGGCGUUUGCUGGCCAGGAAGAGCGCGGUGCAGCUCGACGAGGGGAAGAGGACCAGUUUGGCAGAGAGCUCGGCCACAGAAAGGCUUUCUCUGACACAGGCCAGGGUGGUAACAGCAGCAGAGAGGCGGGAUUCAGCGCCGGCUCUGAUUUGGGCCUGGACGAGGCCGAGCGCAGUGACCAGGACUACAGAGCAGAGCUGGACCAGGCACAGAAGCCCAGCAACAUCAUAAUGCUGCGCACGCUCCCCCCAAACGCCACAGUCAACGAGAUCCGCAACUUGCUGCAGGAGCAAGGAAUUCAACCUCGUGAAGUUCGCCUAAUGAGAAAUAAGUCCUCAGGUCAAAGCCGAGGAUUCGCCUUCGUCGAGUUUAAUCACUUGCAGGAGGCCACCCGAUGGAUGGAGACCAACCAGAGAGUGCUCAUUAUUUUAGGACAGCGGGUGUCCAUGCACUAUAGUGACCCCAAGCCACGUGCCAACGAGGACUGGCUCUGCAAUAAGUGUGGAGUGCAGAACUUUAAAAGGCGUGAAAAAUGCUUCAAGUGUAGCGUCCCAAAAUCAGAAGCUGAGCUGAAAUUGCCUCUGGUGCAGAAGGACUUGCCCCUGGGGCAACUAAAGGACCCUGCCCAAGGUCUGUUGCCCCUGCCCACUCUCUACCAGCCCUCGGCUCCUCUACUGGCCUUGACCGCAGCUUCACAGGCAGCAGAGCUGGCAAAUGACACUCUGAUCCUGAGGAACCUGGGACCCCACACUAAUGUGGAGGCCAUCCUGUCAGCGCUGGCUCCCUUCGCCACGCUUUCUCCUUCCAACGUGCGCCUCAUCAAGGACAAGCAGACCCAAGUGAACCGCGGCUUCGCCUUCCUCCAGCUCACCACCAUUGUGGAGGCCUCACAGCUCCUCCAGAUCCUUCAGGCUCUGCAGCCUCCUCUGUCCAUUGACGGCAAAGUCAUCGCGGUGGAGUUUGCCAAGGGCUCCAAGCGUGAUGUGUUUCUUACUGAUGGGAGUCGUGUCAGUGCCGCCACAGUGGCCAGCACAGCCAUAGCGGCAGCGCAGUGGGCUGUUUCACAGAAUGCCCAGCUAGGCUCAGGUGUGGCCCAGGCUAGUGAUAUUGCAGUGUACCAGCAGGGUGCAGUGUUGUCCAUGUUUGGGCAGGAGAGGCAGGAUGGAGUAGUGUCUGAUGGUUUGGGCCACAAGGGGCUGAGUGCGAUAGCAGGCGCCAACCUUGCCGUCUCUGGCCUCAUGGGAGCCUAUGAAGGUGGAAUAACUGCUGGAGUGGUCACAUCUGAAGCGAAAGUUUCUGCUGUCACGAUCGCUCCAGCACAAGUUCAUCUUAUCUCCACGGCAACAUCCGCACAGUCCAAUCCGCAGGCCCAUGCAGCUGCAACCGUGGAGAUCAUUGGCAAACCCCAGCCUGCCACUCCUAGCCAUCCAUCAGUACCGGGGACGUCAUCAGAGCUUCCUCAGUACCCUGUUCCUGAUGUCUCCACUUAUCAGUAUGACGAGAGCUCGGGGUAUUACUACGACCCCCUGACUGGCCUUUACUAUGAUGCUAACUCACAGUACUACUACAAUUCCCAUACGCAACAGUACAUGUAUUGGGAUGGAGAGAAAAGGACCUACGUUCCAGCAUCAUCCCAAACAGACGGUGCUAGUGGUGCUGAUUCAGCAUCUCUCGAUGCCUCUCAAGGCAAGGACAAGAAGGACAAGCCCAAGACAAAAACUGCUCAGCAGAUAGCGAAGGACAUGGAGAGGUGGGCCAAGAGCCUGAACAGACAGAAGGAGAACGUGCGCUCGCUGUCCUCUUCUGCCUCCACCUCCUCCAACCCCGUAGCACGGGGCCCUGGACAGGGCCGGCCCGACGACCGCCGAGAAUCCGCCAGCGCAGACGCGGGAUACACCAUUCUGGAGAAGAAGGGUGCUCUGUCCGAAAGACCUCAUAUUCUCCUAGAACAGAUCAAGCAUCCAGAGGAAAGAGAGCGGACACCUCCUCGUCCUCUGGUUGCUGCCUACAGUGGCGAGACAGACAGUGAUGAGGAGGGGACAGAGAAGGAGGAGCGACUAACAGACUGGUCCAAACUGGCCUGCCUACUGUGUAGGAGGCAGUUCCCAAGUAAAGAGGCCCUUAUUCGCCACCAGCAGCUCUCUGAGCUGCAUAAGCAAAACCUGGAGCAGAGGAGGGCCCGGCAGGGCCAGCAGGAGGGCCCAGGAGGAGCAGACAGCGAGAUGAGGUACAGAGACCGGGCUGCAGAAAGGAGGGAUAAGGGGGGCAUCCUCGACGAACCAGAGGCCAAGAAAUGGAAGUUCAACCCCAUCGAUGGGCCCUCGGGCAUCAGCCUCGGAGCGCGGAUGCUGCAGGGUGGAGUGAAGAAAGGCCUUCUGCUCCGCAACAUGCCCACCGACUGAGAAGCAGUCCUGCAUCCCCCGCCCACCCCAGCCUCCUCAUCCUCCUCAUUCAGUUCACUCAGCAUCACUCAGCCUGGUCUGUCCUGGAGGACCCUGCAUGGACUACAGUGUUCAACUCUGUUCUUGGCCGUUAACCGUUGCACCAAAUGCACCUUUUGGUCUUCCUCAUGGGGCCGCAUGUGCUCUUCAACUGAAGCUUUUUUUUUUUUUUGCCGUCACCUGGCACAUGUUCAUGAUGACCUCACGUUGGUCUGUAUGUCAAAAAAAAAAAAAAAAAAAAAAACUGCCUUCAAAACUCACCUUGUACAUUACAUUCAUAUUUUAAACUUGAAAAAAGAAAUAGGAAAUGUAACUUUUCCAUGGGACUGCUCCAAAAUGACUUGCCUUUAGCUGAAGUACAGGUUAUGGUGUGAUUAUCCUGUUUCUUGCUAUGCACGGAGAUUAAUGCUCAGACAUACACUCCUAUGCAAAGACUUGAUGGCGUGAAAGAGCAUUAGCAGCGUUGUUGUGAAGUGUGACUGCUGAAGAUGAAGUGUAUAAAAGGGAAUGUGUGUGUGUGUGUGUGUGUGUGUGUGUGUGUGUGUGUGUGUGUGUGUGUGUGUGUGUGUGUGAGAGAGAUAUGUGAAAUAUAUAUGUGUGAAAUAUAUUUGUCCUUGGUUAUAGUCACAUGGUUUGAGACUUGUUUGUAAUUCUAAGUUUGUCAUUUAGUCAACCCCAUUUACAGAGAUGCAUUCCUAUGUGUCAUGGCUAAUGCUGUUGAAUUAUAUGUGCCGUUUUGUUUGUAUUUGUUUUGCAAUUGUAAAUUGAAAUGCCAAUGAUGUAAUCUUAAGUCUUAAAACAUAUGCCUGUGUUACCUUUUAUCUAUUUAUAAUUUGACUGUUUUUAUCAGAAGAGUGUGUUGUGAAUGAAUGGUUUUCCUGGAAAUCCAGUGUGAAUCAGAGAAGUGGGAGUUUUACGUAAUGAACUUUUGCGUAAUUUUGUACUGUUCUUAACACAAGCGCAAUGAGAGAAUUCCCCUGUGUAUUUCCUCUUUGUGUGUUGGGUGUUGGAAUUGCACAACAGAAUGCAUUUGCACAAUAUAUUGUGACCAUAGGUAUGUAUAGGAGAAACCUAAUACACAAACGAGUAAAUCUGUACAUAUCUAUAAUAAGGGAUGAUGUUUGCCGUCACCCUGUUUUUUACACACUGACCUGUUGGAUAUGGAAACAGCUGGUUAAAAAACACAGUCAGUAGUAUACUAGCUCCUGCGUUUGAUGUAGUCAGCAGAUGUUACAAAAAAAAACAAUUAAAGUAAAUUAACCAGAA